AUGGACGACGUGAAACCCACCGCAAGAUGGGCCAACCGCAUGUUACGCCCCUUGGCCUCAAUCUACCGCCGACUCGAGAAGCACUAUGAGACAUUAGCGAUUAUCGCAGCCGAUUCGAACAUACUUGAACAUAACACGAACAUCAAUACUCGUACAAAAAACACAAGCGAAGUUGUGAAGGCCCAGGACAAUGACUCGGGAUCAGACGCGGACGAGGAUGAUCCGGUCUGGGUUCCUGGAAAGAAGCCCGAUCAGCGGCGCUUGCGGCAUAAAUAUUCGUCGCGGGGAGAAGGCAAGGGAGGCAAAAGGCGAACGCGACUGUCGAUACAUAGUCCGGAAGCCAGUCGUACUCUGCCCGGCGCAAUUGAGCUCGCAACCCCGGUGAUCACGGGAAAGCGAUGGGAAGCGCCUGCGAGUGCUCAAUCACAACCCUCAGCCGAACAGAUCAGGCCAACGAACCCGCAUAGACAACUUCAGGCCUUCCGUGACAGGUACCCUCUUCACAAAAGCCCCUGGCAAGAAAUACUUGGUCAAUCCAGCGAUCCGGGAUUCGCCAGCAUAGUACAUAACCUCGACCGCAUUCUUCAGAAUUUUCUGUGCAAUACUCGAAUUACGAAACGUGAUGCCAACGAGACAUCGGCCCAGAUCGUCCGUGGAACUCGGUCUUUGUUGUCGACAGUGGUACGACGAUUGCCUGAAUUCAUCGCAAAUGAGCAGGACGCCCAGGACGAGUUGGAUGAUGAUAAUGACGAGGACAUGUGUAAUGCGUAUUUUACCGAAUUGGAAAGCUAUUAUGCCCCCCAUGGUCAAGGGUGGAGGCCCCUUCGGGAGGCUGUUCGAGCACAAGGCAUUCACCUGGUUUCGAAUAUGAUAAUGAAUGGGUGGUUGACAGAUCCGAUCACAUGUGCAUUGAUUGAAAAGUGUCGACAUCAUGAGCCUGACGCGUGUGAAUCAUUGCUAUCGAUAUUUCUAUCGACGCGUGAAAGCUAUCCUUAUCCCGUCGCCCUCAAACCUCUUACCGACUCAAACGAGCCGGGUGAUCCUAUCAGGCUACUACGGAAAUACUCGCACCACGUCCGGGCCCAUCGCUCGUACGUUUUUGAUGAGCUUGCCAAGCUUCUCACACGUGGUGUGCUGCCUCCAGAGUGGAUGGCGACCAGGUCAUGGACUAGUUGGAUGACUCGGGCGACUAUAUCAUUUUCGAGAGGGGAUGGUGACUGUGCCGCCGCCUCACGACUGAUCGAAGCCGUUCUCACAUCAGCUGCCGAUAUUCUACCGGCUAUCGCGGUUCCAGCAUCAGAACGAGGUGAUACGGCUAGCUGCGGUCUUGUCUAUGCAAGGCGAACAAUAACAUCUCCUGUUUCAACUACGGACAGACUUGAUCUCCUUCGGAAGUGCCCUGUGCCGGUGGAAGAUGCGCUGAGCAACCAUGUGACGAGUUUAUUGGCAGCGGUGUGCGGCAUGCACAUCUCGCGAUCCCGGGGGUUCGAUGUCCCGGAUAACUUCGAAGGAACAAAGGCUGGUCAUAUCAUCAAUUAUCUUCGCUUCCUCCUUGAGAAAGACAUGGAAUCUCAGCCGCUCUCCCACGCCACUAUUUUAACUUUCCAUCAGUUACUCAGGCGUGGCAGCAUUCUAGUGGCGGAUUGUCUUUUACAAUGCAACGAUGCAAUUUGGAGAGGCGACCCUAAACACACGGUCAGUUCUACGCCCGUUCUUGAGCGAUAUUGCGAGAUAUUGGCAUCCCGUUCGGGUCUAGUCAAAGAAUUGGCCUUGUUUGCCCGGCAAGCCCUCCGAUGUUUUGGCAGUACGACAGAUGAUGAACGUCUCUGCUUGGGCCGAGAGGUUCGUCGCAUGUUCUCACGGCUCCCAGGCAUGACCGAUGCGCCAGCUUUGUCUACUCUUCUGGGUCGAGUGGCCGUGGAAGCUGCCAUGGAUUUCGCAGAGAGUACCGGUGAGCCAGACGAUCACGUGUGGGCGGUUGAGGUUCAAGAGACGGUCAUUACUCUUCUGGGCAAGAGGCAACCUAGUCCCGCAUCUUCGGACGGGUUGGAGGAGCAGGGAUCGCGGAAUGGAUGUUUUCGCUGGGAGGAGAGCAUUGGAGAGUGGGUUGCUCGUACUCCCGCGGCCAAGUUGAACGCACUACCGAUCGCCGUGGCCAAGGGUCGUGCCUUUUUGAAUUCAACGCCAAUGCCAAUGUCUUACAUCCCCUGCUCUACAGGCAGCAGCUCUCACGAGUCCGAUCAGGAGUCCGAUCGCUUCAUGGAGCCUCCUUCGAGCAUGACCUCGUCACCACCGUCCGCUGGAUUAAAGCGACCCCUUGAGUGCACAGACUCUUCGCCUCUGCAAAUAGCUAAACGACGACGGCCAGCGCCUGUCAUUGUGGAAAAUCAAGAACGGAUCACCAGAAGAAGGAGUGGACUGUUGUCUACUACCGUUGCCCCCAAAUCUCCAUUUCUGGAGCCGGCACCCUCGCAGCGUCGUAUUCUACGUGCUCUACCGAACCGCAUGGUAAACAAGCAGGAAACCUCCACGACGGCAAGGCUCCCGACGAAAGUCGAUGUAGUGAUUUUCAACAAGAAAGAAACUGAGACCAGUGAGACACCUUCUCGGCCGGGCCCCGAGUCAGACUCAGAACCGGAACUGGUCGAGAAGCGGAUUCACCGGGCAGUGGAGCGGCGCAGGUCUGGGCGAUCCCGUACGUCCGUCCUUCCCCGUCGAACCCUGCGAGUUGUCACCCCGCGGAGAUCAAUGCUCAUACCCUGCUCUGAAGAAGACAGCGAUGAUGAGCUUAGUUUCUUAUAA